AUGGAGUUCCUGUCGGGCUAUGCAGCCGCAAGGGCCCCUUUAUCCGCCUACCAGGUCGAGCCGCCUCCACCGUCGACUUCAUCUGCUGCUGCUUCAUCUUCUGGCCAGCAGCGCUCUUCCUCCCAUCGUCGAGCGCCGCGGCCUCUUCAUCCCACUCGCUCCAACUCGACCUCGGGCACUCACUCGCACAGAAAGCGACGCCAGCACGGCCACGCCCGCCUCAACAGCGCCAGCACCACCGGCAGCUCGGGCGCUCCUCUGGUCAGCAGCGCCGCCGGCCCAGGUCAACAUCAUCAUCAACAUCAUCAAUCGUCCUCCCACCACGGCCACGGCCACAAACAUAAGCUGUUGACGCCAGCUUGGUUACAACCACAACCACCAUUGGAUUACAGCCACGACGCGGCCGCCACCGCUGCGAACUCUGCAUCAUCUGGUGCCUCGGCGGGACCGGGACCCCGUGCGACCUCGUCUCUCGACCAUUAUCGCUUCCUCAGUCCUCCCUCCUCAUCCCAUCAUCAUCCCGAGCGGAUAUCUACGUUUGGCCGAUACCCGAAUAUACACAACACGCACGAUAGCAAAUACUUGACGCCCCCCAAUACUGGCAGCGCUUCCGAGCCAUCGUCAGCCCGGUCGCCCAUCUUUUCGCAGGGUGGUCACCACCGCGACCGAACAGACCCGCUCGCGCCCACCACGAGCAACCUCAGUCUUGUCGGAGGAGGAGCUGGCGCCUCCAUUGCUUUCGCCGCCCACGCCGCCUCCAGCAUCCUCGAGCGCAGUCGUCACGUGCCGCCGCCCCAGUCCCAGGGGCAACAACAUGCCAGUAGCGCAGCCGGCGCCAUCAUGCCUCUCUCGUCUGGCACCAGCUCCAAGAUCUCUGGUUACGAUGGCUCCCGCGCCGAAAGUGUCUCCAGCAUCGCUGGCACCACGAUAAGCAGUCGGACAUUUCUGUCGAGCGAUCCGCUUCCGAACCCCGACCAGCUCGCCAACAACCAGGCCAGACCUUUUGUUGUGCGCAAUGGCCGAACGUACAUCUCCGACCCGACACUAGCGUACCCGCUACCCGUCGAUCUCGAGGAAAUACACAGACAGACGCUGAGGACACUGUUGCUUCUCCAACUCUUCGGCAAGCCAAUAUGCUCGCCCGAGUUCGCCGACCAGCCGCCCAAGCGCAUCCUCGAAAUCGGCUGCGGCUCCGCGGUCUGGUCGAUGCUCUGCUACAAGCACUACAAAAACCUCGGCCAAGCCGACGGCAUCUCCUUUACGGGCAUUGACAUUGCUCCCCUGGCACCACCCAGCAGCUCGGGCAACACCGACGGUAGCGACGGACGCCGUAGCAACCGCGCCUCCUCCUCCUCGGCUACCUUGUCGGCAGCGGGCGGCGGCGGUGCCACCAGCUCUUCGGGGAUGCACCCCGACCCUUCAAUGAACUGGCGUUUUGUCCAGCACGACUGCCGCAAGUUUCCGUUUCCCUUUGCCGACGCCUCGUUCGAUUUGAUCAUGUGCAAGGACGUGUCCCUCAUCACCACCACGACCAUGCAGCAGCCUUUGAUCGACGAGUACAUCCGCCUCUUGGCGCCCGGGGGUGCCGUAGAAAUCUGGGAAAGCGAUCAUACCUUGCGCAUGUUAAGGCCGCACGUCCCCGAGCAUUUGCAGAAUUCCUCCGCAUCAGCGCCGGCCGCUGGUGGCGAGGAUGGUCAGCCCCUCGAAGGUACCGAGAACAGCGAAGCUGAGAAAAGCCCCGAAGAACUCGAAGCCGCCGAAGCCGCCCGCCUAGGCGCCUACGUAAUGACACCCAACACCCCUCUCUCCUCCCCCCUCAACCAUUUUCUCGUCGAAUACAACGCCUGGCUCUCCAAAGCCCUCGAAGCCCGUUCUUUGUCGUCUAUGCCCUGCACCCUCGUCGGCCCCAUAAUGCUUCAAGAAGCCGAAACCUUGACAGGGAUGGGUAACAAGCGGCUUGCCGUCCCGCUAUCAGAAGUCCGUUGGGAGCGCGAGGGCGUAGGCGGUGUGGUGACCAAGGAUGGAAAGGCUUUCAUCUCGACGAAACCGAGUUUGUCGAAUCUACAAGGGACGGAAAACGGUGGGGGGAAAACGUUGGGGCCGGAGGCGCGGGCACUGAGGAGGACGGCGUUGACGACGGUUGUGCAGAUGAUUCAGAGCUUGGAGCAUAUACUGAGGGAUGUGUCGGGAAAAAGUCAGGAUGAGUGGGAUGCGUGGAUGGGUAAGAUGAUGAAUGAUUUGGUGAGGGAGAAUGGGACCAGUUGGGGGGAGUGUUUGGAGGUGGGGGCUUGGUGGGCUAAGAGGAGGUGA